CUAAUAGCAACUGCCGGGCGGAGCUGCAAGCGCCAAGUGGUCAAGUCGUUUCAGGCCUGGAGUAAGUGAUUGCGCUGGCAGCCUUUCCUACUUGGGAGUUAGAAUCCAUCAUUACCAUGUCUCUGGAGUUGCUUGAGCGUUUGGGGGCAAACAAUGUGCCUUGCUCUGACACUUCAGUAUUGUGCUCUGUUCUGAAGCUGUGGGUCUGCUCUGAGUUAAAUUGUGCCUCAGUCGCUGUGGGCAAUUCAGACCUCUCUUUCGUGUGGUUGCAAAUGUGACCAGCGGAGCUAGUGCUUGUUAGAAAAUGGCGACAAGCCGGCCUUGUGGCAGGGUCAAGUCUGAUCACAGGGUCUGCCAGGCUGCACGCUUUGCGCGCGCCGCAGAGUACAGGGAGCGCAUCACAAUUAGUGCAGAAAGGCAGGAGUUUCUAAUCGUUGCUGUCGAUUCGCGAAGCAAUGACAUUCCUGUCCCUCGCCGGCGGCGGUGCAAGAGCUUAAAAGGGGUAGAGUAUGAAGGGCAGCCUGCUCGCAGAAUUCCAAGAGGUCGGCGCUUCAGCGCUGCUGAUCAGAAAGCAAAGCGUCACAGUGCGCGGGUGCUCAAAGAAGCUUUGGAUUGGGAUGCAGGACGCGACCCGCAUGCCAUUUACUGCCGCGAGUGCGAGACGGCCGCGGAGUAUGGGCUCCGCGGGGGCAAGAUGGGAGGGGCGGUCGCAUACUUCUGCGAUAGCCACGGGCCAUCAAAGGGAUGUUUCAAGAUCGACAGCGACCGUGCAGCAUGGGUUCAGGGGCGCGAGAAGGCGCGAAGGAAGGCAAACCAUGCCUGUCCUAAACGCGAGCAGCUGCAGAAGGGAGCUGGGUCAUCUGCUGUUCCUCAGUCAUGGAUCGCAGCAGCAGGAUCUCAAGGCACCGGCGUUCACGGCACGCGCCAUGCAGACGAGCCUUCCGCCGCUGCCGCGACUCAUCCUACUCUGGACCCCUCACAGCACGAGCGCGCCGCCGCCAGCUCGAGCAACGACGAGGCGCAGUACGCGCAGCGCCCCGCACGUGAGGGCCUUUGCGCGCCGUCAAACAACCUCCGGCCGGGGCGGCUUCCUGCCACGAGCAGCCGUCGUCCGGUGCUCAGCAGAUCGCAAGGGGUUGCGCGCGCUGACUGCGACGUCAACGACAGCCUGGACCCAACCACUGGCCCCCGCUGUGCGACUGGGGACCACUCUGAGUCGGACUGCAGUCUUGGCGCAGCCUGCCAUCAGCACGCCGCCAGUGACGAGGCGCAGCCCGGGCAGCCUCCCGUCCACCGCGCAGAGGGUCUGUGCGCGCUGUCACGCAGGAGCGCCACGUUUGCGGCACAGCCCACUGCCACUAGGAGCGUGCUGGUGAGGAGCGCGUUCCAAGGAUUUCCAGCGUACGAGUGCGGGUCGGACAAGGUCUACUACUCUUCGGCAUCAAAGAGCAGGGCACUAAUAGUGACACAACUGAUGAUCGGGGGCAUCGAAAGCAACCCGGGGUGGCCCACACACGACCCCAACGCCCCGAGCAGCUCACGCGGGCGGCCCCUGAUUCAGCUUCCGACCGCGGAGGAGGUUCAGGAAAGCGUCAGGUCAAAGCCAGUCAGCACCGAGCCAUUUGCUACGUGGCAAGCAAGCCAAUCGAAUCCGAACUGGGUGGCAGAGGCGAUGGCGCUCUCGGCAGUGCAAGCGGGUCACCCGCAGGGUCAAGAGCCGUUCACUGCGCCAGGCGUCGCCCGGGAGGUCACAGGCCCCUCCUUCAGCGGCCCGCAUCCUACCAGCAAUCCCCGUCCCGCUGCUACAGAGCGGACACCUACGGAGACGGGCCCUUCCAGCAGCGACCCGCAUUCUGACAGCCAGCCUCGCUCCGUUGCUACUGAGGUUGCGCCUACGGAGGUCGGGCGUCGGAAGAGGACGGCCCCGAGCAGGGAGAGCUCUCCGGCGCCUAGCGGAAGCUGCCGCGACGUCUGAUCAAGAGGGUGCCU